AAUAAAUAAGCCAUUAAAAUCAAAAUGAACUAUUUGUGUUUCUUUAAAUUUUCCAUUUUAUCAGUUUUAACAUUUGAUAUGUUUUCAAUGUUUGUGAAUAAAAUAUGGGAUUAUGAGAUGUGUAAAGCAUUACAUUCUGCUUUUAUUCAGAUUUCAUACACCGUCCCAGCUUUUUUGGAACUUGGUUGUAUCACAUGUGAGAUGCUGAAGUUCUUUAAAGUAAUUACUGUUUUUUUCUCUCCACAGUGUGGAGAAGGUUGGUGCAGGUAAGGUGAUAUAAAAACAAGAAAACAAACAAAAAAGGGAAUGGGAAGCACCUUGAGAUGACUGUUGUUUUAGUGUUGUAUAAAUAGAAUUGAAUUGAAUUGAAUUGAACUGAAUUGAAUUGAAGUGAAUUGAAUUGAAUUGAAGUGAACUGAAACGAAGAAAGGAAGAGGUUGUGGCCACAGACUGAAUAAGGGAGGUGAGCUGCUAAAUGAGUCUUGCUUCAGAGUCUUCACAGAUCCAUCGACGGACUGAGGGCUGGUGAACUCCUGCAUUCCAUGUGUGACAGUGAGGCAGUGCAUUACAACUCUGCUUAAAAUGAUGGGUUACCAGCUAGUGAACUGGUUGACUUGAACAAGUGUUGUAUUUUAUUUUAUUUUUCUUUGUUAAAAUUCAUAGUAAACAUUACAGUUUUGUUUGGGUCAUUAAAUUUCAGGGCUUUUUAAGAGAGGCUCUUUUUUUAGUUUGCAAAAGGGCAAAAGUUUGAUGGCUUAUGAAGAGUUCUUCAUGUUUUAGUAAUUUAGAUAACUGUGAUUUAGACAUCCAAUGAAAAUCAAUCACGGCUCUGUUGGCAAAUAGGGUAAAAUGCAAAGUUUUCUGAAGUACUAACAAAUAAGUAGUCACUUUUUAUUCCAGUUUAUGCUCCACAGACUACUCUUUGGGAUUCAGGAUGUUAUCCUGUAUACUCAGGACUCUUUCAAAUAUUAUGUGAAUCAGAGCUGAAAACUGAGGAUCUGAAUUCAGUGAUCCUGAUGAUGGCUUCAAAGAAAUAUACAGGGACAUACCAGCUCACAGCUAUUUUAGAACGGACGGUCAGUUGUAAUAACACUGGACUGAUGUUAGAUUGUACUGAUGGAAGCCUAUUUAAUUCAAGAGCAUGGAUAUAUUGUAUUUUUAUAUUUUUGUAGUGCAUUUGAUGACAUCGGACAUCUUUUUGUAAUGAAAACUUUGCACUACUUUGGAUUUGGAAAGAAGCUUGAACACACAAUCCAUAAACUCCAAAUUCAGUUGCAUUUAUACCAAAGGCAUUAACAUUUUUAACCACAUUUCUUUUCUUUGUAAAACAAAAUUUGUUUACUAAAUUAAAAUUACAUUAUCUAUGUCUUAAAUCACUUUGAAACAUUGGAAAAGAGAAUGCUGCAUAGGUUAAACUGGACAAACCAUCCUUCUUAAAAAAAAACUUAUCCCACUGCCUUCAAGAUGGAUGGAUAAAGAAUACAUUGUGUACUCUGAGACUUCUCCUGAACUCAGACAGCUCAGCAUAGUAGCAAUUAACUUUUGUGAUGAUAAAUGUACAAAAGGUUUUCAGAAGCAUUCAGUUGCAGAAAGUCUAAUCUUCUUCUAUUUUGAAGGAAUUUGAGGCUGAGGAGGUUCGUCUAACAAGGAGUAAGCAUAUUUCACUUCCUCUUCCUCCCAAAGGGAAAGAGGUGAAAUUCAAAAUUGUAAAUGAAAGUUACCAUCAAAAUAAUCCUUCAGGCUUAAGUUGGUUUAACUUGGAUAUGACCACCUGAGUAUUCUGUGAAGAUGAUAUAGAAAGUGUGGAUCGUCUACUUUUUCCACACUGAAUCACUGCAGGCUUUCUGGAAUCACAGGAGGAGCUGGUUACAGUCCAACAGGAUUCAAUAAAACAAUAUGGAAUAUUUUUUGAGACUUUGGUAUCAGGACUCUUUUUUCUUUAGGAACUUUUUUAUGCUUAUGCUUUUUCACGUUUAUUAAUAUUUUUAAUAUUUAUUGUAUUUGAUAUGUCUCUUGAUAUGUCUCCUAAACACUCAGCCUUUGUAUAAUUUAUUUUUGUUUGGUGGAUAGCGCCUCAUCUGUUUGUAUUGCUAUUGUUCAUUAAUAAAAUUGGGUGGAAAAGUUCUCUUUUACGCCGUGUGUUGAAUUUCAGGACUUGUCUCUAUUGAGCUGGUAUUUUCAUGCAGUCAGUUUUUUACAGCGACACUUCAGGACAAAAAAGGUACUGCAAGUUUAAUACAGUUAAAAAACAAAACAAAAAGACACCCCCUACCAAAAGAAAAAACCACUAAAAAACAAGACAAAAACAAAACUAUUCGCCGUGAAUUAACAAUAGAUCUUUGUGGGAAAACGAAUCCGUAAAAAUCCAGCCUUUGUGUAUGACAUAGCACACACAGUAAUUUACACAGGACACAGUCAUCCACAUAAUGACUGACAAUAAAAUAAUUAGAACACCUGUAUAGCCUAUUCGGGGAAAUUAACGCAAUUUAAUAGCAAAUAUUUUAGAUUAAAGUUUUUUGUUUUUUUUUCUUCUGUGAGCAGCUCGUUAUCCUGUUCUGCACAGCAUUCCCCCUCCCGCAGACUGAAAGUGAAAGUAUCCCGACAAACUUCCUGUGACAAUCACGCAGCAAGGGGUAUGACCGUGGAGGUCACCGGGGAAGAAUCAUGGGUUUGAUGUUGACCAUAUUUAUUUACUGGACUCUAAGUGCAGGUGUGUGGAGUGUCCAUCAGUUCCAGUGGCUGCCCUGCUCCUUCAUUGACGAGCGUGUGUUUUUGAACAAGGACAACCACACAGAGACUCGGCUCAUCCACAGAGAGGCUAUACUUCAGUUUGGUCAAAAAGGAGAUGCUCCUGUUAACCGAAACGCCAUUACUUUCCUCAUCACCAGAUCAAAGUUGGAUCUGCUGCAGUAUGUGGAGGGGGUGGAGGCAGAGCAGCUGAAGUGUGAGCUGCACAGAUACAGCACAGAGGGCGGUUACGUCCGCUGGCCUGUCCUCGGUGCCCGGGAGUACAACCACUGGUUUACCUGCAUCCUCAGACACAGCAGGGGCCUCUUCACCAUCACCAGCUUCCUCAGGCGCCCCUUCGACCAGCCUCCCCCAGGAGGGCCAGACUACCAGAAAUGGCCCCCCAUCCCUAACAGAGAGGUGCUCACGACCACAGUUGCCAUGGUCAUCAAAACACAGACUCCCUCAGUUAAAGCACGCCUGAAGUUCCAGCAAAAGCUCCACUGCCAGUUUGAUGUCGACCACAAGGGUGCAAAGGUCACUGUGGAGUGGCACAAGCAGCACCACGGUGAGAGGACCAAGCUCUUCAGUUACAACAGGCGCACAGGACAGACCCAGGGAAGUGGUGUUGGACUACGUGCCUUUGCAGCCGGAGAUGCCUCCUACACCCUCGCCUCCACCAUGAUAAGCAGUGAAGGGACCUACAUUUGUUCAGUGUCCGUGAAUCCACUAUUCGCCAGGGUGGAUAUAAAUCUGCAGAUUGAAGAGCCUCCCCAUGUCUCCCUCAAUGUGGGACCCAGUCUCUCACUAAUGGAGGGUAACAAGAGGAAGAUUGUGUGUGAGGCAAACAGCUACUACCCUCGGGAUGUGGAGAUAAUUUGGCACGAGCAGGAUCCAGUCGUGUUGGGCGCUCCACAUCCCAGGUCACUGGAGAAUGUCAUCCUUUCCUACCACAGAGAAAAUCGGGACAUGACCUUCUCGUUGUCGGGCUUCUUCUACCUCCAGGCUGCGCUCAGGGACUCUGGGAAAAAGUUCACAUGCAGCGUCUCCCAUCAGUCCCUGAAAGUACCCAUCACAAAGAGCUUCACCCUAAUUGUGGAAGAGCCAACAAACUGGAUGUUGUACCUCGCUGUGGGCUCUGUUAUGAUCCUGCUGUUGUAUGUGAAGCGGAGCUACCUGCACUCAGCAUGGAGAAAGUUAGCAGGUAAGGUGAUAUAAAAACAAACAAACUGGAGGACUGGGAACGGAGCGAGAGGAUGUGGCCCCAUUCUCAACACACAAGGCAAGCUGGCAAACUUUCCUUUCUGGGGUCCCCAUGGAAACAUCAGUGAAAGGUGGAUUUGUGUUGAUGUGUAAA